AUGAGCAACUACAUCGUACUAUCGGAUCAUGGCAAAAAUGCACAGCAGGAUGGUAUGGCUAAAGAUCUCUAUGAAAUUGAAGAGGCGCGAGCCAAAGCCGCAUCGCAAAGGAAAAGAAGGGGUCAUAUCAUCAUCAAAAGCAAAGAAGAAAUUGCAAUGAGAAACCCCCAGCGCUACGCAACGCCACAAACCGGCAACAAGAUUGAGAUUGGAAACACCACAAGCGCCGCCGCUUAA